AUGAAGUUAUUGUUAGCGUUUCUCACAGCUUGCUUCGCAUCCAAUCUCUAUGAAAUUCUUAUCAAGCAAAACACAGAACUAGGAGUCUCAAACACAAAUCUAAGGGCUCAGAUAAUCCAGCUCCUUUCUGACUAUAAUUUAUACCAAACAAUUUCAGAUGACUACAAUUACAUGAAAGAAAAAUUAAUCCAACUGACUGAAGAAUACCAAAACUCAGCUGAUACUGACACAAAUCUCAUCAUUCAGCAAGAAAUUGCCUCAAGACUGCUAGAGCUUAUUGAAUAUAUCAAUCUUCUUGGAGGUUCCUCAGAAGGAUUCACCACUGACGAAAUCAAUUUUUGGCUGUUAAAACUUGCAGACUGCAUAAAUGAGGCGAAAUCACUAAUAAAUCAGAAAAAAGAAGCAGAAGUUUAUAACGAGCUUACCUUAUCAAUUUUCCUUAAAGGUCAACAAAUCAGACACUAUCAAAGAGAAAAUGCUGAGCUGAAUGGAAAAAUCGAGCUUUCCCUAGCCUCAUUAGAAAGUGCAAAGGAUAAGGAAGCACAGGAAAAAUCAAAAAUUGACGAUAUUGUGGAUAAGCUUGAUGAAGCUAAAAACCAUCAAGAAAAUCAAAUUAAUGCAUUAAAAGAGUCAUAUAAAACUGAGCAAGAUAAUGCUUCAGAAGACGCUAAGCCUACAUAUGAAGAUAUCCAAAACUCAGCAGCCACUUCUAUUUUGGCUUUGGAAAGCACAAUUGGUGAUCAGUCCUUAAAAAUAGAAGAGCUGACAGCAGACAAUGCAAGUUUACAAGCAAAUAUUUUGACAAUGAGCAAUAAUAUUGACUCGCUUCAAAAAGAGCUUGAAAUUAAAUCAGAGACUUUAAAGGACGCUGAGUCCAAAUUUGAAGAAUUCAGACUGCAGUCUAAAACUGCAUCUGAUACUGAGGUUGACGAAUUCAUUGGUAACGAAGAAGUUAUCCAGAACGAAGUCACAAGUCUUCAAGAAAAAGAGUCACUUUUAUUGGAAUCUUUGUCAGAUAACUUAAAAGUUGUCAGCCACCUUGAGAUGCUUAACCACCUCAAAUCCAACAAAAUCAGAGAAAUGGAAUAUGAGUUAAAAGAAUUCCAAGCCUACCUUGAACAAGCCAAAACUGCAAGAUCUGAAGAAAUAAGCAGCUUGAUGCAGAAACUUAACGACAAUAAAGAAGCUGAAAUUUCUUUAAGGAACAAACUUGAAGAAACACUCAACAAAAUUGAAGAAAAUAACGAAGAAAUCAAAGAAUUGACCAGAAAAAUCAAUGAAGCUGAAUACAUAAAGAAAAGAGAUGAACAAAGAAAAGAAGAUGAAAUUAUUUACUAG